UGGCCACUGCCCUUUAAAUACGUUACUCUUUGCUUCAAGCCACAGCCACCAAACGUACCUCAAAGUCUGUUCAAGAACGUUUUGGGGAAACGUGUCGUUUAGUACAAACCGUUCCGCAACGUAGCAAACGUUCAAGCGAACUGAACGCACAGGUCUAGUGUACCGCGGUCUCGCGCACCGUGCAGACAGCCAAGCUCGAGCCUACCGGAGCGGUGUAACGUUCUGAACGGUAAAGAUGGCAGAACGACAGCAGAAACAUGAAGGCGGCCGAGUGAAGAUCGGACAUUACCUCUUAGGAGACACUCUGGGCGUCGGCACAUUCGGCAAAGUAAAGAUUGGAGAACACCAGUUGACAGGUCAUAAGGUGGCAGUGAAGAUCCUGAACAGACAGAAGAUCAGGAGUCUGGACGUGGUGGGCAAGAUCAAACGAGAGAUACAGAACCUCAAACUCUUCAGACACCCUCACAUCAUCAAACUGUACCAGGUGAUCAGUACUCCUACAGAUUUCUUCAUGGUGAUGGAGUAUGUCUCAGGAGGAGAGCUGUUUGACUACAUCUGCAAACACGGACGGGUAGAGGACAAAGAGGCUCGUCGGUUGUUCCAGCAGAUUAUCUCUGGUGUAGACUACUGCCACAGACACAUGGUGGUGCACAGAGACCUCAAACCUGAGAAUGUACUGCUGGACCAUUCCAAGAACGCCAAAAUAGCUGACUUUGGGUUGUCAAACAUGAUGUCAGACGGGGAGUUCCUGAGGACCAGCUGUGGAUCUCCCAACUACGCAGCUCCUGAAGUAAUCUCCGGAAGGUUAUACGCUGGUCCUGAGGUGGACAUAUGGAGCAGUGGGGUGAUCCUGUAUGCGUUGCUGUGUGGGACUCUGCCCUUUGAUGACGAACACGUUCCCACACUGUUUAAGAAGAUUAGAGGGGGCGUGUUCUAUAUGCCAGAAUACCUCACUCGGCCCGUCGCUUCCCUGCUGCUGCUCAUGCUGCAGGUCGACCCGCUCAAGAGGGCUACCAUUAAAGACAUUAGGGAACAUGAGUGGUUUAAGCAGGACCUGCCAGGCUACCUGUUUCCUGAGGACCCUUCCUAUGACUCCACCAUUCUGGAUGAGGAGGCAGUCCGAGAGGUGUGCGACAAGUUUGAGAGCACCGAGUCUGAGGUGAUGUCCAGCCUGUACAGCGGAGACCCUCAGGACCAGCUAGCGGUAGCGUACCAUCUGAUCAUAGACAACCGGCGCAUCAUGACCCAGGCCAGUGAGUUCUACCUGGCCUCUAGCCCUCCCCAGGGCUCCUUCAUGGAGGAUGGCAUGUCACUGCCCCCCGGGGUCAAACCACACCCAGAGAGGAUGCCCCCCCUGCUGGUAGACAGCCCCAAGGCGCGCUGCCCGUUGGAUGCCCUCAACACCACCAGAGCCAAACCCCUGGCAGUGAAGAAAGCCAAGUGGCACCUGGGCAUCAGGAGUCAGAGCAGACCCUAUGACAUCAUGGCUGAGGUCUACAGGGCUAUGAGACAGCUACAGUAUGACUGGAAGGUGGUAAACCCGUACCACCUGCGUGUUCGGAGGAAGAACCCAGUAACAGGCAACCUGGUGAAGAUGUGUCUCCAGCUGUACCAAGUAGACAACAGAUCCUACCUGCUGGACUUCAAAAGCAUCGAUGAUGACAUCAUGGACGCAGUAGGGUUUAAGUCGGGCUCUUCCACCCCCCAGAGGUCAGGCUCCACUGCAGGGCUCCACAGACCCAGACUCAGUGUGGACUCAGCCUGUCCUGCCGUGGAUCUCCCCAAGCUCAGCUCCUCUCUGCCUGGGUCGCUGUGCUCCAGCGCUGCCCUCCUCACCUCCACCUCCACCCCCACCCCGCGCCAGGGCAGCCACACUAUGGACUUCUUUGAGAUGUGUGCCAGUCUCAUCACCACGCUGGCCCGCUAGAGACGGUAAACCUCCGCUGGGUAACUAGAGGCCUGGAGUUUUUCCUGGUCAAUGUCAUAUAGUCCGGAAAACCAUCUGAAACAGAACACUGCCCUGAGCCUAUUUAGACCGUUUUAUAUUGGUGUGAUCCUGACCUAAUUCUCCAAGUACUGCAGAACACGCCUCUAACCACAGAUCUAGGGUCAGUUGUUCCCUCCUGGUGUUGUAGGUUUGGGCUAGGCAAGAUCAACUGAUCGUAGAUCUCUGAUUAGACUUCCUGUCUGUCUAGAGAAGGGAUGGGCAACUGUGAUGGGGGUAGGGGCCACAAAAAAUCCGAACUCCUCAUUAGGGGGGUGCCGUGGCUCACGGGACUGCUUACCCACAUCCAGACACACACAUGCAGUCAGCGUUUUGGAGGCCCUAAGCAAAAUUUGGCGAUUUAUAAACAUUUGAGUUUAGUCUUGACAGCGGAAGGAGUUGAUCUGCGGUCCUACAAAAGUGGCCAUGCGACCCGCGCGCCACAAGUUGCCCAUCCCUGGUCUAGAGUCGGUCUGCCAGAGCCAGUCUGGCCGUGGGAAAGGUUAGAGGUCUCACUUGUAGCUCCCAUAUGGCACGUUCACGUGCUCGUCGAAACUAGGAAACUAACAUUUCUAACUGGUUGCAGUUAUGCACGUGCAGCGUUCAACCAGUUAGCAUGUCGGACAUUUACAGAUAAGCGGCGCCUCCCUGACUACUCUCAACCUCCAAUCAGCUCCAGAAUAGCCGUCACUGUAGAACAAACACACUGAGCAUUUUAUAUAUGGUUUUAUAUGGUUUUUGUAACGACACACGUUUUGUUAUCCAUAUUUAUCAUAUAUAUUUAUAUUCCUAUCACUUUGAGUAGUGUAGCAGCUAUUGAUUGUAACAUACAACAAAUGAAGUUAAAGAGAGGAUUGUUGUUAUUAUUAUUUAGAUGCCAUAUUCUUAUUUAUUUUAAAGAGGUUUUGUUUUAGAGGCUCUGUGUGGUACUGAAUAUUGAGUAUUGAAACACUGCUGAUGUUUGAGAAGUAUAUACGGACAUAAGAGAUUUUAGGUGAUGAGAGGUCAUAGAGAGAGAGCCUCCACUCUCCCUCUCUCUCUGACUGGUAAUAUUGUUCUGUGGAUUAGUUAGCAUUGAUGCUACCUGACGGAGGAGGAGGGAAGGGUAUCUGUAGUGAAUCUUUCUCCAGGUGCCUUUUAACACACGUUGUUUCUAGCUUGGUGACUGUUUUUGUUUGCAGAAACGGAAUGGUAGGCAAACUGUUUCUGUGUGUGUGUGUGUGUGUGUGUGUACACUCCUGUGGGUAGAGGACUGACAGACAGGAGCUUGCCAGGGAUUGGCCAGGAGAAGACAUACAGUACUGUAGUUUAUGUGCCAAUGAGAUUUGAGUUCUGAUUAAUAUAACUAAAGAUACAGGAGAGAGGGAAUAGAUAUGACAGAACACUGGAACAAAUCUCCCUUCACCAAUUGUCAAAUGGUUUACAGUAUAUAGUGUUCCAGAGUCCUGUCUGUGUCUCUUGUUCUGCUGGGGCCAGUGAGGGCUGGGCUGAUCUGAUGCAUGCUAGUGUGUCUGUGUUUCUCUGGUCUGUUCUGGUACCGUGAUGGUGGUCUGUUCGGUUUGUUAUUAAAUGUAGAAUCAUUUGUAUCUCUUUUCUUCCCUCCCUCUGGAGUUAUUGGUUUGUGGUGUGUAUUUGCAGUAGUGUGUGUUUCGCUGAGGGAAUUGUAGACCUCUGUUGGGCCAGUUAGAGUCAGAAAAGACACUAAACCUCUCUUCUUUCCUUUUGUUUCCUUGUCAUUUGUUUCCUUGUCAUUCGUUUGUCCUGAGCAGCAGUUCUGUCAUCACAUCUCUAUUCUGAGAGCGUAGUCUGUUUUUGUCUGUGUAUGACACUAUACAUGCAAGACAAUACCCACGUAUGUGUACUCUCAUCUAGUACCGGUUGGACCCACCUUUGUCUCCAGAACAGCCUGAAUUCUUCAGGGGAUUCUACAAGGUGUCAAAGAUUCCACAGUGAUGUUGGUUCAUGCUAAUGCGAUGGCGCCGUGCAAUUUCUGCAGAUUGGACGCCAGUACAUUCAUGCUGCGAACAUCCAUCUCAUCUCUAAUAUGCUCUAAUGGGUUGAGGUCUGGGGACUGACCAGGCCACUCAAAUAAACUGAACUCGCUGUCAUAUUCCAGGGAAUGUUUUUCCACUCCUCGGUUGUUCAGUGUUGGUUAACACGUACCCACCUGAGCCACUUCUUGUUUUUAGCUGAUAGGAGUAGAACCUGGUGUGGUGGUCUGCUGCAAUAGCCAAUCCGUGAUAAGGAUCGACCAGUUUGUUUUCUGACCCACCUGUUGGCUUGCACGAUUCUUGCCCUUCUCCUUCGACCUCUCAUCAAACGAGCUGUUUUCACCUGCAGGGCUGCUGCUGACUGGAUGUUAUCUGUUUCUCCCACCAUUCUCUGUAAACCUUCGUCUGAGAUACUGGACCCGGGGCAUGGCACCGAUGAUCAUACUUCGCUUAAAGUCACUUGUUUUGCCUAUUCUAACGUUCGGUUGAACAGUAACUGAAUGCCUGUUUUAUAUAACAAGCCACAGCCAUGUGACUCCGUGUCUGUAGAAGUGAUCCAUUUUUGUGAACUGGGUGGUGUACUUAAUAAACUGGCAUAUCCCAUUUUUGAGAGAUACUUACAUACUGAGGGUACAAAACAUUAUGAACACCUGCUCAUUCCAUGACAGACUGACCAGGUGAAAGCUAUGAUCCCUUAUUGAUGUAAUUUGUUGAAUCCACUUCAGUCCGUGUAGAUCAGUGGUCACCAACCGGUCACCAAGCAUUUCUGUGGAAAAGCCAGGCCUGAUUUUGUGCGUGUUGCGCUGUUGGUGGUAGGUGCACUUGAUUCAAGCGGACCGGGAGAUCUGUUGCCAAAUCGAGUGCGCCUAAUGUGCUGGCAAUCGAAUAGCUCAAAUUACCGUACAGAGCCUCCUCGACCCCGGCCACAGUCAAAAAGUUUGAUACUAGCCAUGGUAAGAUUGAAUAACCUUUAAAACCACGACCACGGAGAGGCUGUAGAAUAAUGCAGCAGCGCUGCAGUUUGUAUGAGUGUGUUUUAUUCAGCACUGGCAACCCGGCUUUGAUUGAACACUAUGAAACGCUCUUCUCCCUUUUUCCACUCGCGCUGCAAUGAGUUUUUAUCAUUAUUAAUUAGCUUCGUGUUUAUUUUAAUAUGGAGGAGUAUUUCACUUUCUCUGGUCAACCGCAUGAAUUUGUGCCUGAGGCAGACGUGGCGCGACUCGAGUUUCGCCAUCAGGUGGAAGACGGUGUCUCUUUGGUCAGUCUCACCGGAGGAAAGGAAGGAGAAGGCAGUGACCGUGAAAGGAAGGAGAAGGCAGUGUGUGUGGACCCGCUGUGGCUCUCUUCCUCCCUCCCCUGAGAAUAAUGCUCUGUUCAAGACAACUACUCUGGAAAAACGAGAUCCGACUGGGGGAAAUGGUUUUGAACGGUCAUCCAACUUGGAAUUCCUAGUCGGAAACUCGCAUCUUUCUAGAGCUCCGACCUCAAGAUCACGGACGUCGUGAUUUGACCUCGUUUUAUUUUUCUCGAGUUCCCAGCUGUCUUGAAAGCACCAUGGCCAUCAGAUGCAAGUGCUGUACCAUAUAAUUUAUGCUCAGCUGUGCCUUGCAAGUGCUACAAAAACCGAUAUGUUAUCAAAGCUCAAGUUGUGAUAAUGUAUUAGGCCUACAGCAGAAACCUCAUUCCAGCAGAGCUCUUUUUAUUAGGUUGUUACAUUAUAAGUAAUGUAAAAAAAUAAAAAAUAAUUGAGUGGUAGAUCUUGGCUUGCUUUUUGAAUGUGAAAGCGAUCUUGACUCAAAGGUUGGUGACCACUGGUGUAGAUGAAGGGGAGGAGACAGGUUAAAGAAGGAUUUUGAAGCCUUGAGACAUGGAUUGUGUGUGUGUGUGUGUGUGUGUGUGUGUGUGUGUGUGUGUGUGUGUGUG